AUGAGUUUAGCAAGCAAUAAUCGAAGUACUCAAACCCUAACCCAACAAAUUAAGCUUAAUAAUAAAUUAGAUCCUCAUAUUUCGAUUAAAGAUCAAAUUUCCAGUCUUUUUAAAGACACUAAAGUAUAUGCAACCUCUUUCGAUUACGAUAACACCCCAGAUUCUAAAAAAUCGGGAGUUAGUUGCCAUAUUCAUAACAAUGCAGAGAAAUUCCGUAGUAGAUUGGUUCGACAUGAAGGGAAAGAAAAAAUUAUGGUUAUGCUUAAUGGUUUAUUAAGUCCAGGGGCUCUUGAAGACUGGAUGAAGCUUCAAGAAAAAGUAAUACAAUUAAGAAAAUUAAAUUUAGAAUUAGAUUUUUGGUUAGAUCGCCUUGAACCAGUAGUUUGGAAAUUAAUAGAAACUUAUCGUGGUGAGAUUGACGAAGAUUUUUUGGGGAGGAUUGCAAAGAUAGAUAGAAUAUUCGGUUCAGGAGGGAUGGAUGAAAAGCUUCUUUCCUUAUGA